AUGGGGAUGAGUCCUUAAUAUUAAUUUCUUUUGCACUGGGUCUGGCAACCGAAGUAUUACGCUUCAACCGUAACCCUUCACUUCAUGACUAUGACAGACAGACUUCCACCUUAGAACUAAAUCACACUGGUCUAACCCAUAACCGUGAACUUGCAGUGCCCAAAUUUGAAUAGGACAAAAUGUUCGAAAUCUUCAACGAUCUCAAAGACUUCAUCAAAGUCGACAGUAUUCAGAAUGACAACAAUAUAUUUAGGCUUCACUACAGGUUCACUGUACUGGUUUUGGUUGGAUUCAGUAUACUAGUCAGCUGCCGUCAGUAUUUAGGCGAUCCUAUAGAUUGCAUUCAGAGCGAUGAUAUUCCGGAAAACGUUCUAGAAACUUAUUGCUGGGUACAUUCUACUUUCACAUUACCUGAUGCCUGGUAUAAAAAGGUUGGUGUUGAAGUACCCCAUCCUGGUAUAGACAAGUACACUCCAGGAGAGACUAAAAAGUACCAUUCGUAUUAUCAGUGGGUGUGCUUUGCGCUGUUUUUGCAAUCGUGUCUGUUUUAUCUGCCGAGAUACAUGUGGAAAUUCUUCGAUAGCGGUAAAUGCAGGACACUGGUCAUGGGUCUAAAUUGUCCAGUUUUGAAACCUGAAGACGUAACACUCUGCAAGUUUUUGCUCGUCGGAUAUUUGAAAACACACCUUGACAGUCAUGGAGGAUACAUUACAUCGUUCAUAAUGCUCGAAAUCUACAACUUUUUGAACGUGGUAGCUCAAAUAUUUCUGAUGGACACGCUGUUUGGAGGUCAGUUCAGUACAUUUGGGUUCGAUGUCAUCUCGUUUUCGAACACCGAUCAAGAAUACCGAACGGAUCCGAUGGUAAAAGUGUUUCCACGUAUGACAAAAUGCACGUUCCAUCGCUAUGGAUCUUCUGGAGAUAUACAAAGGCAUGAUGCUUUGUGCAUUCUGCCAAUUAACAUACUCAACGAAAAAAUCUACAUAUUUUUGUGGUUCUGGUUUAUCAUUCUCGCUGUACUGUCUGGCAUUGUUUUAGUGUUCCGAUUCGUGUUGAUAGUAUAUCCAGCGUCGCGCUCAUAUAUGCUUACGCAAAAAUGUGGAAUAAUAGAUAGAAAAGAUUUAAACACAGUGAUGAAACACGUGAAAUUAGGAGACUGGUUUGUGCUUUACUUACUUAGCAAGAACAUUGAUUCAGUAUUUUUUAAGGAAUUAAUGCACGAAUUCGCUGAAGAAUUAAGAGAAGGUAAACCAAACAUUUUGAGAGGAAUUGGGAAAAAAUCAUCUCGAAAGGGGAGUGACGCCGAAGGAAUAAUUUUGGAACCAGAAUGGGAUCCAUAUGAUGUUUUCGUGGAUUUGACAUCAAGAGAGUUUCAAGAACUUUAUGCAUCCGAUGAAGAUGAUAUUUAAUCGAUAAACAAUAAGAACUUUCCUUAAUAAAAAAUUAUCGUUUUCCUUUUUAAACGGAGACUUAUAAUAGAAAAAGUUUAUUUAUAUAAGCAUUUUUUUACUUGAUAAUUGCAUCGAAGAGUUAAUGAUUCUCUCUUGAACUUUAAUAACAAAAUAAAUAUUUUUUUCAUGUU